AUGCUUCGGAUGCUUCGCCAUGGAAUAGAUCGAUUCAGUUCCCCUUCUUUUCUGGUGCACUCGCUUUGUAUCUCCGACACACAAGGAAGGACGCGGUGGGAAGAAAGCUGCCCUAGCCUCUGUCUGGUCGAUCAUUUCGCUGGCAUCUUGCAUUCAUGCCUCCGUUUGACUGCCGCUCGGGAAUGUAGUUGUAGAUACGUGAGUCUUAGUGGGUCGUUGGCUCCACCUCUUAUCUCCUUCUACGACAUGUUGUAG